CGGCGGGGCAGCCAUGUCGCCUUUGUCUGCGGCGCGGGCGGCGCUGCGCGUCUACGCGGUGGGCACGCUGGUGAUCCUGGCUCAGCUGCUGCGCCGCUGCCUCGGGGGCUUCGCGGAGCCAGCAGGUGGCCACGCGUGAGAGGCGGCCCCGGGCCCGGACGAUGGAGGGGAAGAGCGUGGAGAGCUCGCAGCCGGACCUCAAGCUCGUGGCCCACCCGCGCGCCAAGAGCAAAGUGUGGAAGUACUUCGGCUUCGACACCAACGCCGAGGGAUGCAUUCUGCAGUGGAAGAAGAUCUACUGCCGCAUCUGUAUGGCGCAGAUCGCCUACUCGGGCAACACGUCCAACCUCUCGUACCACCUGGAGAAGAACCACCCCGAAGAGUUCUGCGAGUUCGUCAAGAGCAACACCGAGCAGAUGCGCGAGGCCUUCGCCACCGCCUUCUCCAAGCUCAAGCCCGAGUCCUCGCAGCUCGCCGGGCAGGACGCGCUGGCCGCCAAGGCCGGCCACAGCCACGAGGCCAAGCGGCAGCAGGAGCUCACGGCCGCCGUGCUGGGCCUCAUCUGCGAGGGGCUGUACCCCGCGUCCAUCGUGGACGAGCCCACCUUCCGGGCGCUGCUCAAGACGGUGGACCCCUGGUACGAGCUGCCCGGCCGCAAGUUCUUCUGCGGCAAGGCCAUCCCUGAGAAGUACGGCGCGGUGCGCGAGGCGGUGCUGAAGGAGCUGGCCGAGGCCCCCUGGUGCGGCCUGUCCACCGACGUGUGGAGGAGCCACACGCAGAACCGGACGUACGUCACGCUGGCCGCGCACUUCCUGGGCGGCGGGCCGCCGCACGGCCUGGCUCCCGGCUCGCGGUGCCUGAAGACCUUCGAGGUGCCGGACGAGAACGCGGCGGAAACCAUCACGCGCGUCCUCUACGAGGCGUUCAUCGAGUGGGGCAUCAGCGCCAAAGUGUCCGGCGCCACGACGGACGGCGGCAAGGACGUGGCCAAGGCGUGCUCGCUGCUGGACAUCGCGGUGCAGAUGCCGUGCCUGGGCCACGCCUUCGACGCCGGCAUCCGGCAGGCCUUCCAGCUGCCCAAGCUGGGCGCGCUGCUGGCGCGCUGCCGGCGGCUGGUGGACUACUUCCAGCAGUCGCCCGUGGCCCGCUUCAUGCUGCAGGAGAAGCAGAAACAGCAGCGCCGCGCACCCUGCAUGCUGGUCAGUGACCGCGUGUCCUGGUGGGGCGGCACGCUGGCCAUGCUGCAGCGCCUGCACGAACAGCAGUUCGCCAUCGCGGGCGUGCUGGUGGAGGACAGCAACAACCACCACCUCAUGCUGGAGGCCGCCGAGUGGGCGGCCGUCGAGGGGCUGGUGGACCUGCUGCAGCCCUUCAAGCAGGUGGCUGACAUGCUGAGCGCCUCCAAGCGCCCGGCCGUCAGCAUGGUCAAGCCGCUGCUGCACAUGCUGCUGAGCACCACGCUCAGCAUCAAGGACACGGACUCCAAAGAGACGAGCAUGGCCAAGGAGGUCAUCGCCAAGGCGCUCGCCGAGACCUACCAGGAGACGCCGGAGAUCGACAUGUUCCUCAACGUGGCCACCUUCCUGGACCCGCGCUACAAGAAGCUGCCCUUCCUGUCCGCCUUCGAGCGGCAGCAGGUGGAGAACCGCGUGCUGGAGGAAGCCAAGAGCCUCCUGGACAAGGCCGCGGACGGCGCGCCCGGCGCGGCGGACGACAAGGCGUUCGGGCCGCCGGACGAGCCGCCGGCCAAGAAGCCGGGGCUGCCGUGCGCGCCGCCGCCGCCGCCCGCCAGCGUCAUCAACAGCAUGCUGGCAGAGAUCUUCUGCCCCGCGGGCGGCGUGGAGGACCAGGAGGAGCGGCACGCGCAGCUGCUGGAGGAGCUGAGCAACUUCAAGUCGCAGAAGGUGCUGGGGCUGGCGGAGGACCCGCUGCGCUGGUGGUCGGACCGCCUGGCGCUCUUCCCGGUGCUGCCCAAGGUGCUGCGCAAGUACUGGUGCGUGGCGGCCACCUGCGUGCCGCCGGAGCGCCUCUUCGGCGCGGCGGCCAGCGUGGUGGGUGCCAAGCGCAACCGCCUGGCGCCGGCGCACGUGGACGAGCAGGUGUUUCUCUACGAGAACAGCCGUGCGGGGGCGGAGCCCGAGCCCGAGGGCGAGGACGAGGGCGACUGGGGGCUGGACCAGGAGCAGGUGUUCACGUUCGGCGACGCCGUGCACGGCGGCUUCUUCGGCCUCCGGGACAGCGGCUUUGUGUAGCAGCGGGGUCUCGGGUGAGGGGGCAUGUUUGGCUGGACAGACGGCCCCGCGGAGAGUCGAGCCCACUGGGAAAGGACGCAAGCCAAGACGGGGCUGAGCAGGGCUCCCAAGCAGCAUCGCCGUGCGUCCCACCGGAAGGGACGCCUCGUGCCAGAACCCGCCUGCACGCUGUCAACGCGGCCGCGCCGAUGGGGGACGGGACGCUGGCCUUGGCCGCCCUGGCGUCCCCCUCCCGUGCCCCUGACGGCCUCCUCCCGCCCCGCGCAGGGUCUGGGCACCUGCGAGAAUAGCCAACUGUAGGCGGAGGAGGGCGAGCCUGCCCCUCCGCGUCGGGGGCGCCCCAGCGGCCGAUCGGGAAGGAAGGCGAGCGGGCGCUCCGGGCGCGGACCUCGCGUCUGGGGUGUGCCACAUUCUCUUGCGCCAAAACGCCCUGUUGCGAGGAGAAAGGCACGGGACGUGGGAGGAAACCUGUUCCAAGCGGCCGAGCCGCGCGAGCGCGUAUUAAAAACCAGAAAUGCAGUGCUCCGUGUAUUGUAACUUCUUUCAUUC